AUGGGUAAUAAUAUUUCGCAAAAAGCUAGAGAUAGAAUUUAUUUAUGUAAAGAAAAUAAUGGUAAAGAUUUAAAUUUAUCACAAUGUAAUAUUAAAAGAAUACCAAGAAGAAUUUUAAAGUUUAAAAAGAGUUUAAAGGAUUUAAAUGUUGGAAAGAAUAAUAUAACAGAAUUUUAUAAACAAGUUGAAAAGCUUACAGGUUUAGAAAAAUUAAUUGCAGAUUCCAACGAACUAAAAGAGAUUUGCCCCAAUUUAUCAAAGUUAGAAUUCCUUGUGUAUUUGGAUGUAUCAAACAAUAUCCUUUCAAGUGUGCCAAAUAAUUUAAAGGCAUUGACUGUAUUGAAUAUCUCUUACAACUCAAUUCAAAGUUUUGGAAAUGUUGCUAUUGUAUUACCAGCUCUUCAAGAAUUAAUCUACACACACAACAAGGUAUCAAUUUUCCCAACAGAGAUUUUAGAACUUCGUACACUUCGUGUAUUGAAUUUAGCUGGUAAUCGUUUGAACUAUCUUCCUGACGAAAUUUCACAUCUAGCUGGCUCUUUAGAAGAACUAAACCUUUCAGAGAAUGUUUUCACAUCCUUCCCAACACCAAUUGCCUCUCUAACAAAUCUUCGUUUCUUAAGUUUAUCAAAUAAUAAUCUUGGCACUCUUAGUAAUCAUUUCACCACUCUUUCUAAAUUGGAGACUAUUGACUUUAGUGGUUGCUCUUUGACUGCUUUCGACUUUGACCUUUCUCAAUUAAGUAAUUUAGCCGAAAUCUAUCUCUCAAAUAAUAGAAUUCCUCAAUUUAGUUUAACCACAUCUCUUUCUUUUUCCAGUCUUGUAAAUUCUUUAAGAAUUUUAGAUUUAUCAAAUGGUUGUUUCACUGCAAUUCCAAAACAAAUUGGUUGGUGUAGAAAUCUUAGAAGAUUAAUGUUGGCACAAAAUCAAAUUACUAAAAUUCCAGGUGAAUUAUUUUUAUUAAAUCCUUCAAGUGAUAUCAUUUUAACCCAAAAUCCAUUAGAAUACCCAUUAGGUGAAUGGAUAAAAGAAGGUAUACCAACAUUUUUAAGAAAUUUAAAACCAUACAUGAAAUGUUAUGGUCCAAAUUGUUCAGUUUCAGGUUUAGAACCAAAUCUAAAAGCAAUGGCACCAAAUCAAUUUAAUAUUGAUGCUUUUGAUUAUGAUAAUCAACCAAGAAUUAGUGGCGGUGAUGAAUUUAAAGUUCAAAUGUUAUUAAAUGGCACAGAUGAUGUUAUUCCAGACGAAAACUCUGCUUAUCCAAUGAGAAACUCUUUAUUCUUUAAGAAUAUCGAAUGCGUUGUCAAAGAUAAUAAAUCAACUAAACCAGGCACCUAUACUGUUUACUUCAAUUCCCCACAAACAGGUACCUAUACUGUCAACAUUACCUCUGACAAUUUACCAAUUAAAGGUUCACCAUUUACAAUCGAAUUAAGUUAAAUUAAUAAAAUUGUUAUGGUUGAAAAAAAAAGAAAAAAAAAAACAAAUAAAUUUUAUAAAAACUUUUUAUUUUUUUAAUAAU